AAAAAAAGAGUUGUGAGUGAGAUUACUGAACGUUGAUGCAUUUUAUGACUCGGGAUGAAAAAAUAGAUUGUGGAUCUUCACAAAAAAAGCUUUGAACAGAACAAUGGACAGACGGAUGCUGCUGUGUGUUGCCCUCCUUUUCUUUGACUCGGCAAACGGACAAGUCAGCUACACCAUGCCAGAAGAAAUGGACAAAGGAUCUUUAGUUGGGGAUAUAGCUCAUGAUUUAGGUUUGGAUACUAAACGUUUUAUCUCAGGUAAGGCUCGGAUUUAUACCCGGAACAGUGAGGAGUACAUGGAGCUGAGCAGAGACAGAGGAGUCCUCCUCGUUAAAGAACGGAUUGACAGAGAGGCGCUCUGCAAACAGACGACGCCCUGUGCUUUACACUUCCAGAUCAUUUUAGAGAACCCAAUGGAGUUUUACAGCAUCACAGUCCAGAUCACAGAUAUUAAUGAUAAUCCUCCUACAUUCGAGAGAGAAAAAACUGAAUUUAAAAUCAGCGAGUCAGCAGUGAUCGGAUCCAAAUUUGUGCUGGAAAAAGCCGCAGAUCUAGAUGUUGGAAUAAACGAUCUUCAGAAGUAUGAACUGAAACCAACAGAUAAUUUUGCUUUGAAGCUGCAGAAUAAUGCUGAUGGGCUUAAACAUGUAGAGAUGGUGUUACAGAAGGCUUUAGACAGAGAGAAGCAGGAGCAGAUCAACCUGGUGUUAACAGCUGUAGAUGGAGGAGAGCCGCAGAUGUCAGGAACAAUGCAGAUUGUUAUUACAGUCUUAGAUGCAAAUGAUAAUGCUCCUGUUUUUACACAGAAACAAUACAAAGCUACAGUUGCUGAAAAUUCACCUAAAGGAACCGUUGUUGCUACAGUUACAGCUUCAGAUGCAGAUGAAGGUGUUAACAGUAAAAUUACUUAUUCAAUAACAAACACUCUUGAUGAUGUAAGAAAACUAUUUAUGAUAAAUAACAGAAAUGGUGAAAUUACAUUAAUUGGAAAUAUUGACUUUGAAGAAUCACGGAAUUUUCAAAUAGAUAUACGUGCAAGUGAUGACGGAGGUCUCACAGACUCUUGCAAAUUAAUUAUUGAUGUGCAAGACGUGAAUGAUAACAAGCCUGAAAUAAACAUUAUGUCAAAGUCGAAUGUGAUAUCAGAGAAUGCAGAGCCUAACACAGUUGUCACAAUGAUUCAUAUAGAAGACAAAGAUAUUGAAGAGAAUGGAAAAGUGCAAUGUUUUAUAAACGAAAAAGUUGAAUUCACAUUAAAAUCAUCUACAAAUAAUUUCUACAGUUUAGUGACAGACAGGACCAUGCAGAGGAUACAGAGUGACAAGAACCUCCUGGAACAACCUGACUCUCCUCUAGAGUCUACGUGA